CUCAUCCGUGACGUGCUGCAUAAAAAACAGCGAUUUGUGGCAGCUUAAAAGAUAAUUUAUUGUGGAAUAAAGUUUCAUGGAUUAGAGUGCCGCAGUUUGGCUACGCCCGAGGGAAGAGCGGGCGGGUGGUUUGAAAGGCUUCGGAGCGCCUUCUAAAAGCUCGCACGCUCCCAGCGGGCCUUUCUUUUGGAAAAUACUGCGGUACCAGAGAGCUUGACAGGCAAUGGGGACGAUACCAUGGCAAGCCCAGAAAAGGAUCGCUACAGAAUGAAAAGUUAUAAAAACAACGCCCUCAAUCCCCAAGAAAUGCGACGAAGAAGAGAAGAGGAAGGUAUUCAGCUUCGGAAACAAAAAAGAGAAGAACAAUUAUUUAAACGCAGAAACGUUUCUCUACUGGGCAAUGAAGAGUCAAUGCAAAAAAGUCCAAUCCAAGAUCCUGAUGUGAGCUCUACUGUACCUAUUCCUGAGGAAGAUGUAAUUACAUGUGAUAUGGUGCAGAUGGUUUUCUCAGAUGAUCCUGAGCAACAACUUGCAGCAACCCAGAGAUUUAGAAAACUGCUGUCUAAAGAACCCAAUCCUCCAAUAGAUGAAGUCAUACAAAAACCAGGAGUUGUGCAGAGAUUUGUGACAUUUCUAGAAAAGAAUGAUAAUUGCACUCUUCAGUUUGAAGCAGCAUGGGCUCUUACAAAUAUAGCUUCUGGAACAUUUCUGCACACCAAAGUAGUAAUCGAGACUGGAGCUGUCCCAAUUUUUAUUAAAUUGUUGAACUCUGAACAUGAGGAUGUCCAAGAACAGGCCGUGUGGGCUCUUGGUAACAUUGCUGGAGACAAUGCAGAAUGUAGAGAUUAUGUGUUAAGCUGUGGAAUACUUCCCCCACUCUUACAACUCCUAACACAUUCAAACAGACUUACGACGACUAGAAAUGCUGUUUGGGCACUUUCAAACCUCUGUAGAGGCAAGAAUCCACCUCCUGAUUUCAACAAGGUUCGUCCUUGCUUAGGUGUUUUGUCAAGACUGUUGUUUAGCAGUGACCCAGAUGUAUUAGCAGAUGCUUGCUGGGCCCUCUCAUACCUUUCAGAUGGACCAAAUGAUAAAAUCCAAGCAGUUAUUGACUCUGGAGUCUGCCGAAGAUUAGUAGAACUUCUGAUGCACAAUGACUACAAGGUUGUAUCUCCUGCAUUAAGAGCAGUUGGAAAUAUUGUGACUGGUGAUGAUAUUCAAACACAGGUAAUUCUAAAUUGCUCUGCAUUACCCUGUCUCUUACAUUUGCUGAGUAGUCCCAAGGAAUCUAUUCGGAAAGAAGCAUGCUGGACAGUUUCAAAUAUCACUGCAGGAAACAGAGGUCAGAUUCAGGCUGUUAUAGAUGCAAAUAUAUUUCCAGUAUUGAUUGAAAUUCUUCAGAAAGCUGAAUUUCGCACUAUAAAAGAAGCAGCAUGGGCCAUCACUAAUGCAACAUCAGGAGGGACUCCUGAACAGAUUAGUUAUUUGGUGGCAUUAGGUUGUACCAAGCCUCUCUGUGAUCUUCUGACUGUGAUGGAUUCUAAAAUAGUCCAGGUGGCAUUAAAUGGACUUGAAAACAUUCUACGACAUGGAGAGCAAGAAUCUAAACAAAAUGGGAUUGGGGUUAAUCCUUACUGUGCUCGUAUAGAGGAAGCGUACGGACUAGAUAAAAUUGAAAUUCUUCAAAGUCAUGAAAACCAGGAGAUCUACCAAAAAGCUUUUGAUCUUAUUGAACAUUACUUUGGUGUGGAAGAAGAGGAUGCAAAUAUUGUACCACAAGUAGAUGAAAGUGAGCAGCAAUUUCUGUUUCAGCAACAGGAAGCUCCAAUGGAGGGAUUCCAGCUGUAAUUAUUCCGUUUAAAGCAGGAUCAGUAGCCCAUCAUGCUAGCUUGCAGGCCAAAGUCAGGAGAAGUAGGAAUGUCUUGCUGAAGAUAGAUGAAGAAGCAACUCAUGCACUUACGUGGUUUCUGUCAGAUAAAGUUUUUGUCCAUUGUUUUUAUACGUGUUUGUUUCCUUUGUCUUAUGUGUAGAAAAAACGACUAAUCACAACUAAAAGUUAUAAAGCUUGAAUAAUGAUCUCAGUAAGACAUUCAACACGGAUACUGAGUGUUCAAGCAAUUGCUAAUAAAAAUGCAUAAUUUUGCAUAAACAGUUGUUGAUAUUUCUGAAUUUUGGCUGUAGGGUUCAAACUCAUUCUACACUAAAUCUACCUCUUUACGUUGGAGCAAAAAAGAUGUUUCAGAACUGACAUAUGAGCUCCUAGUAAAAGCUAAACUUAGAAUGUGAAAAUUAUUUAUUUAAAUAGUGAAAAUUUAGUUUUAUGCGUGAUACUUUGUGAUAAACUGGUGAAAUAUAUUUAUAUAUAAAAGCAUAACACUGGGGUGCGCUGCUGUCUACAUGACAUAACGUUACAGUGUAGAAAAAUGGUUUUUCUGCUCUGUGAAAAGAGAUGGUAGCUUUGUAAUUUAUAUAAGCCGUGCUGCCUAGCCAUGUAAACAAAGUUCUCUCAUUAUUAUUUCUUCAGUAGUAUUGAAAAUAGGGUUACCAAUUUUUCAACUGGACACUGCAGCUGUGCCUUUAACAGCAGGCAGCUGUGCCUUCAACAGCAGGUAGAUGUGCAGCAGGAUUAUGUUUAUUUCCAUGCUGUGAAGUACAUUACCUGCUGGCUUUUAUGCAUCAAGUUGCUAUUAAAAGGCACAAGACCAGGCCAGAUUAAUUUUUGGUCAGUUGGCAACUUGAUUACAAAUUGAUUUAAAAAAAACUUUGUCUUGUAAUGAACUCUGCAUUCUUGUGAGGAUCAUGGAAGGGUUCAAUCUUAUAUAGAAAAUGGUGAAAUAAGACUCCAUGCUUAAAUUUAAUGCUACCAAAGUGUGUGAAACUGCAAUAUUCCCCUUUUUUGAAACAUAGAUUAUGUGCUUUAUUAUGUACUGCAUUUGACCAAAUACACUAAUGUAUCUCAUGCCUUUCUUCGGUAAGAUUUUUUGAAGCAGGCCACUGUUACUUCGUAGUUGUGCUAUAUUGGGAGAACAUAUUUUCCAGUUAAUUGAAAGAAGAAAGAAUGGUUUUGCUGUAAAUAUUAUAGUAGGUGUUUUGAGUACACAAAUUUCUCUGACAAUGUAUGCAAAAUGUUUGAAUUAUAUAAUGCCAGGCAAUUUAAAAAUAACCUAAGUUGAGACCCUGAGAUCAUUUUGUUGCUAGGUUUCAAUCCAUAUGGAUAUUCAUUUGUUUGUUUAUUUGGUAGCACAAUUAAAGUACUCUGAUUAAUUUUGCUUACUAGAAAUGUCUUGAUCUUUGUGACUUUUUAAAAAAAGUUGUAUAUAAUUGCAAUUGAUUACUAUGAAAGAUGGCAUUGUGUAACUUUAAAAAAAACAAGCUGAUGCACUCCAACAUCUAAGGGGGUAUUUAUCUUGCAUCUACAAACAAAUUCAAAUGUUAAAAGUUUAAUAAUCGACCUUUCAGUCUUCUGUUCCAGUACUAUGAGAGUGAUCUAUGCAAGGGCCUGCCAUAGCCAGGCUGCAAAGAAGGUGUUGUGUGGAGAAAAAGCUAGCCGUGUAUCUGUGCAUCUGGCUGUUGGAAAAAUAUUCCUCAUUGUUCAGUGACAGAUCAGGACUGUGAGGAAUUUUUGCGUGAAGCUGCUCAGAAUGCCUGUCAUCUGUUAUGUAGUUCAGGAGACCUGAGUUCAAGAGCUUCCUACACCAGCCCCACAUGAGUGGUUGGGAUGCUUUUGCUCUCGGGCCUUAGUUGUGAGAACUGGAAGUGCAGUAAUUGGUACAUAUCUAGCCUUCUGCUAUAUGUAUAGGCCUCUGUGGUAAGGUUGUCGUCUUCACAAAGGCAGUGAAACACAAUAUAUACCUAUGAAGUAUUAUGAUUUGCUUGUGAAGAUACUAUAAUAGCUUAUGUAAAAAUAGUGGAAUAUAACUGAAGAAAGGCAGGAAUGUUUGCUGGAAAUCAAAUAUACCCUAAGGGAAAGCGUUGUGCAUAGAAGUGCAGUAAGCUAUGAUUUCUGUCCGUAGCUUUGAACAGAUAACACUGAAUGUAUGAGUGAAUUUGUCCACUUAUUAAUGGUUUUAAUUUGAAAUGCUGGUGUUGAGUGUCUUAUCAUUCAUUCCAAACACAGGUUAAUGGAAACAGUCAGUAAAAAAUGAAUUUAUCAGAAUUAUUCUAUUAUGUAAAAAGACAAAAAUAUUCAGGAUUGACAGGGUAUUCCACUGUUUUGCUAUAUUACAAAAAUUACCAGUUGUGCCUGCUCUUAAUUUUAGAAUCCAGUAGAUGCUAUCAACUAAACAUUUUCAUCUGAGCCAAAUUCAAGACAUUGUACAAACCUUAGAAGAAAUAGAAAGAUCAGGCAAAUGAAUUUAAAAUGUAUUUAAUUAUUUUGAAAGUAUCUUGUGUAUACCAUGAAUAUAGAAAUUUAGAGUAUCAUUGCUGAGGAUGUGCCAUUUAAUAUGGUUAAAUUUGAACUUUUAAAUAUAGUAUUUGAUUUAAACUCGAAUUCACUCUUACGUAUAAAACUGAGGAGGCUUGAUGCUUCAUAGAGGGAUCUUGGAAGUGUAACCUUUUAGCAGAACAGGUGUGGAAGGCAUCUCCAGAGUUUUAGUAAUCAAUCCAAGAUUGUUAAUUUUGUUUGUUUGAAAAAGCUUUCAGAAUUUGUAAAAUUGAACCAUUUCAGUGUUUUCCUAGCACAGGUUGUGUGAUUCUCAUAUAACUGCCUCAUUUUGAUGUGAUCUCAAUCUAUGCAACCAUGCCAAGUUUGUAUUUCAGAUACAAAAUCAUGUCUGGUUUGUUUAUGUCACUGCACUUUUAUCAUUGAAUAAUAUAUUCAUUUUGCUAUUACAUGCAUAGCAUUGCCUUUUCAAGGGGUGGAAAAGAAAUAAUAGGUUUUCAUUCAAAUAGGUUUACAUUUAGAAAUUAUUAUUAGAUGGACUGAUAUUUAGAAGAAAAUUGUUUUUACUUUUACAUAUGAUUUCAGAUGGCUUUAUUUGCUUGAGUUUUAUUUAACCUUCUUUGUUAUGUUAAUUCCUUGCAAAUUUAUUUGAAAAAUAAAAUGCAGAUUAUGAAACUACUACAAAGAUUCACAUUUCCUAUAAGAAGAUGUGUUCUUAGUCUAUCUUCUUACUGUGUUUUCAAAUGAUCGUUUGUAAUUUGAUUAAUACUGCAUCUUUAAAUACUCACUAGAGGCUCUAACGGAACCAACUUACAAAUAUGAACAGUAUGCAAUAUUAGGGAAUGUUACAACUAUAAAUGCUACAAUACAAACUAAUAAACAUUUUGCA